AUGAUGACGACAACGGAAGGGAUGAUGGAAAUGAGCGUGUUGGAUGAUAUAAUAAGGAGAUUGUUGGAAGGCAAAGGCGGUAAACAGGUUCAGCUCUCGGAGGUCGAGAUCCGUCAACUCUGUGUUAACGCCAGACAAAUCUUCCUCUCUCAGCCCAAUCUUCUCGACCUCCACGCCCCCAUUCGCAUCUGCGGUGAUAUCCAUGGACAAUACCAAGACCUAUUGAGGCUAUUCGAAUACGGAGGCUAUCCUCCGUCAGCAAACUAUCUCUUCCUCGGCGACUACGUCGACAGAGGCAAGCAAAGUCUCGAAACAAUCUGUCUACUCUUGGCUUACAAAAUCCGAUACCCGUCCAAGAUAUUCCUCUUGAGAGGCAACCACGAAGACGCGAAGAUCAACAGGAUCUACGGUUUCUACGACGAGUGCAAACGGAGAUUCAACGUGCGGCUUUGGAAGAUAUUCACCGACUGCUUCAACUGUCUGCCUGUGGCUGCUCUUAUUGACGAUAAGAUUUUGUGUAUGCACGGAGGGUUGUCGCCGGAGUUGGAGAAUUUGGGGCAGAUUAGAGAGAUUCAGAGGCCUACGGAGAUUCCGGAUAAUGGACUUCUUUGUGAUUUGCUUUGGUCUGAUCCUGAUCAGAAGAGUGAAGGAUGGUCUGAUAGUGAUCGAGGUAUCUCUUGCACGUUUGGAGCUGAUGUAGUCGCUCAGUUUUUGGAUAAGAAUGAUCUUGACCUCAUUUGCCGAGGCCAUCAGGUAGUGGAAGAUGGGUAUGAGUUUUUCGCAAAACGGAGAUUGGUGACAAUAUUCUCAGCUCCAAACUACGGUGGAGAGUUUGACAAUGCUGGUGCGUUAUUGAGCGUGGACCAGUCUCUUGUUUGCUCUUUUGAGAUUCUGAAACCUGCCCCAUCUUCAUCCAGUAAUCCUCUCAAGAAGGUACCGAAAAUGGGGAAGUCUUGA